CAGCGAACUGGUGGGCAGACCCGGAGUCGCCGCGUAAGCGGGGCCGGCUCAGUGCGGUGCGGCAGGCGCGGCUGUGCGGCAGCGGAAGUCCUUUGUUGCAGCACAGUCCCUGGCAGAGCCAGAGCCUCUCCGCGCAGCCCAGCCCGAGCGCCGCGCGCCGCCGCCACUGCAGCUCUCGGUCCCUCUGCCUCCGCCCGCCUUUCCCUUGGCCGAUUUGCCUUAAACUCCCUAAAAUCUCCGCAGCCCCGGUUCCUGCUGCGGCCGGUCUCUAAUUAAUAGAAGAUGGCAAAGCCCAGCCACAGCAGCUACGUCCUUCAGCAGCUAAACAACCAAAGGGAAUGGGGUUUCCUCUGUGACUGUUGUAUUGCAAUUGAUGACAUUUACUUUCAAGCACACAAAGCAGUUCUAGCUGCCUGUAGCUCCUAUUUUAGAAUGUUUUUCAUGAAUCAUCAGCAUAGUACUGCACAGCUGAAUCUCAGCAACAUGAAAAUUAGUGCCGAGUGUUUUGAUCUCAUCUUGCAGUUUAUGUAUUUAGGAAAAAUUAUGACAGCUCCUUCCAGUUUUGAGCAGUUUAAAGUGGCAAUGAACUACCUACAGCUGUACAAUGUUCCUGACUGUUUAGAAGACAUACAGGAUACAGAUUGUUCUAGUUCAAAAUGUUCAUCUUCUGCUUCUAGCAACCAGAACAGCAAAAUGAUAUUUGGGGUAAGAAUGUAUGAAGACACUGUGGCUAGAAAUGGCAAUGAAGCCAAUAGAUGGUGUGCAGAGCCAAGUUCAACAGUAAAUACACCACAUAAUAGAGAGCCUGAUGAAGAGUCUUUGCAAUUAGGUAAUUUUCCUGAACCAUUAUUUGAUGUAUGUAAAAAGAGUUCUGUGUCCAAAUUAUCUGCUCCGAAAGAACGUGUCUCACGACGCUUUGGGCGGAGUUUUACCUGUGAUAGUUGUGGAUUUGGCUUUAGCUGUGAGAAAUUACUAGAUGAGCAUGUGCUAACCUGUACUAACAGACAUUCAUACCAAAAUACAAGAUCCUACCACAGAAUAGUGGAUAUUAGAGAUGGAAAAGACAGUAAUAUCAAAGCUGAAUUUGUUGAAAAGGAUUCUUCUAAAACAUUUUCUGCACAGACGGACAAAUACAGAGGAGACACAAGCCAGGCUGCUGAUGACUCAACUUCAACCACUGGAAGCAGAAAAAGUAGCACAGUGGAAUCUGAACUAGCCAGUGAAGAAAAAAGCAGAGCUGCUGAGAGGAAAAGAAUCAUUAUCAAGAUGGAACCAGAAGAUAUCCCUACAGAUGAACUGAAAGACUUUAACAUUAUUAAAGUUACUGAUAAAGACUGUAAUGAGUCCACUGACAAUGAUGAAUUAGAAGAUGAACCUGAAGAGCCAUUUUAUAGAUACUAUGUUGAAGAAGAUGUCAGUAUUAAAAAAAGUGGGAGGAAAGCUCUAAAACCUCGGAUGUCAAUAAACACUGAUGAAAGAGGGGGUUUAGAAAAUAUGAGGCCCCCUAACAACAGCAGUCCAGUACAAGAGGAUACUGAGAACGCAUCCUGUGAGUUGUGUGGGCUCACGAUAACUGAGGAGGACCUGUCAUCUCAUUACUUAGCCAAACACAUCGAAAAUAUCUGUGCAUGUGGCAAAUGUGGGCAAAUACUUGUGAAGGGUAGACAGCUUCAGGAACAUGCCCAGAGAUGUGGAGAGCCCCAAGACCUGACAAUGAACGGGUUAGGAAGUACUGAGGAGAAGAUGGACAUGGAAGAGAAUCCUGACGAACAGUCUGAAAUCAGGGAUAUGUUUGUUGAAAUGUUGGAUGAUUUUAGGGACAAUCAUUUCCAGAUAAACAGUAUCCAAAAAAAGCAGUUAUUUAAACAUUCUGCCUGUCCUUUUCGAUGUCCUAAUUGUGGCCAGCGUUUUGAAACUGAAAAUCUAGUGGUUGAACAUAUGUCUAGCUGCCUAGACCAAGACAUGUUCAAGAGUGCCAUCAUGGAAGAGAAUGAAAGGGAUCACAGACGGAAGCAUUUUUGUAAUCUGUGUGGGAAAGGAUUUUAUCAGCGGUGUCACUUAAGAGAACACUAUACUGUCCACACCAAGGAAAAACAGUUUGUUUGUCAGACAUGUGGAAAGCAGUUUUUAAGGGAACGUCAGUUGCGACUCCACAAUGAUAUGCACAAAGGUAUGGCCAGGUAUGUCUGUUCCAUUUGUGAUCAAGGCAACUUCAGAAAACAUGACCAUGUACGGCAUAUGAUUUCUCAUUUAUCUGCUGGUGAGACUAUAUGCCAGGUCUGCUUUCAGAUAUUCCCAAAUAAUGAACAGUUGGAACAGCACAUGGAUGUUCACCUGUAUACAUGUGGAAUAUGUGGAGCAAAAUUUAAUUUGAGGAAAGAUAUGAGAUCACAUUAUAAUGCCAAGCAUUUGAAAAGAACAUAAGUGAUUUUCUACUGUAUAAUGUUUAGCUGAUAGGAGACAAAACACCAAAGCAAAGGAUAUGAGCUAUUUAGAAAAUGAAUUUAUAAGAUGAAUUGUUGAAAAAAAUUUUAAGGCCCUUUACCUUUAAUAUUUUUGUUUAGGAUCUUAAGUAUCUACAUUUUAGGUGUUAUUAAAUGUUUAUCAUUUUUGUUAUUUUUAAUAGAAUUCUUUGUUUUUAGUUUGUUUUAGCUAUGAUUAAAAUUACUUUUAAAUGUAGACUACAAGUGGUUGUUACCCCUUCAGUGACUAUUAAAGUUUAGUUUUUUAUCAAUAAGGUGAUGACUUCACUAUUUUUAUGUGUUUUUUUUUUUCUAAGGUUACCCUGUGAAAUUUUAAACCCAGCAUCAUUGGCCAUUCCUGUUUAAAUUUAAAAAAAAAAUUUUUUUUUGUUUUAAAUAAUUAAUUAUUUGAAACUAUCCCAUUCACUGUAGCUUUUUUUUUUUUUUUGUAAGUUGAACAGUGAUUUAGCCACUGUUUAUUCCCUGUCUUAUCAAUGAAAUUAUUAUUCUUAAAUUGACAACUUAAUAGGCAGGUUAGGUGCACUGAAUCUAACCUUGAAGGUUGACAUGGGCUCAAACUUGGCCUAAAAAGAUUGAUGAACCUAAGGAAAUUCCUAUAAAUGAAUAUUUCCUAUAAUUGAUAAAAUAUUAUCAUUUAAUAAUCACAUUUAAAACUUAUAUUAAGUGUAAAACCCAAUGACUUUACCCCACUUGAGAAAUUAGUGGGGACAAGUCAUUUUGUUUUGUGAUAUUAAAUUUAACUAUGAUAGUUAAUUAAAAAGGCAUAUCUUGUAUUCAUUUAAAAUAAUUUAAAAUAUUCUGAUUUCUAAAGUGUGUUAGUUUAUGAAUUAUUUUUGUUUAUAAAUAGACUUUAAUAGCUUUCUAGGAAUAUGACAUCUAAAGGAAAAUGAUUUUUCACCUUUAAAAUGACAUACUUUUGGAACUUUGAGAUUUGAGAAAGCUGCCAUGUAUAUUGAUAAAUCUAAUAAAUAAAGAAAUCAAUUACAAAUCUGGUUGUUCUAUCAAAGUAGAGUGUGCAAAAAACAUGUCUUGUGUUUUAUACUAAGAUUUGGAGAGAAUGUGUUAUGGCAAAUUGCAGUUUAUCAACAUGCUUUAUUUUUUUUUCUGUAAAGGACUAAAAUUUGAGAACCAUAAAAUAAUCACAGAACAUAUAAAUGGAAAUAGUUUAUCAUUUUUCAGAUAAAGUAGUAUUACUGUUAGUUGUUGCUGACACAGGGUCUACACGAAUUACAUGUGAAUUAAAACACUGGCAAAACUGGCCCACCAAUCAACAUAUCUGUUGAAUAGAAUGCCUUUUAAUGUGAAUUACUUGCAUUGUAAUGCCCUUCUCAUAAUGAAAGGGAUUUUAAAUAACUCCUCUAUUUAAAAGUAUAAUUUUGUGAUUAUGAACAGUAAUUUAACGGUAUUGUUCUCUUUGUUUAUAUCACAUUUUUAAGAUAUGCAAGUCAUAUUUUUGUAUACAAUUUGCAUAAAAGAACAAGUUGCCAAGAGAAUUGAGAGACAUAUUGACUAGCACAGGUUUAGUUGAAAGAGUGUGAGCUCAGAGAUUUGUGGGGAAAUGUUGAGGUGUUAAGUAAGAAUUGAAAUAGUACAGGAGCCAUGCAGUAUUAGAACAAGUACAGAUGGGGGAAAUACACAAAAAGAUAAAUGAGAAAUCAGGAAUUUUUUAAAAAGCCAUAUUGUAGAAAAAGCGAGAAAAUUGAUUCAUCUUAGUCUUGGAUACAAUAGUUUAUCAAGUAAUUAAAACUGAAAUACAACUUAAAAUGAAAUAUGGUAUGUACAUUACUGAUAGGAACCUGAUAAGAGUUCUGUAACUAACCCAGAGACCAUCAGAGAGUAAAGAGAGAAUAUCGACUCAAAACAAAUUUCCAAACUAUAUAGCAUCUUAGCGGACAUCAUUUUCUUUGGGACCACUUUUUUCCAUGACCCUCUUCAAAACCUCUAUUGCAAUGGCUUUCCCACCAUUAAAGAACAGGGGUCUUUCUAAAUACUACCACUCUGUAGAAAGGAUUGUUUAAUCCAUUAGGAAAGGGGGUUUAGUUUUAGACACAUACUAACAGCCAAGAAUUAGCAAGCAAAUAUAUAAACAUUAAACAUAAUCUCUAAUUUUACAUAACUGAGGUGUUUAUAGUUUCAGAAAGCCAUACCUCACGAUGUGUUUUCUCCCAGUUUCAUAUUACAGGAUACACACACCUUUUGUUUUGUUUUGCAACUAGCUACAGCAGCACAAGCCUCUUUGAGUAUAAUGUACAAUUUUCCUUGUUAAGGCAAAGAGUUCAUUUAAAGACUACUUGCCUUUUAAAACUAGGGGGAAUGAAAACUAUCCAACACCUCUCUCCAGCCCUGUUUCCUCUCACUUCUUUCCUCUCUCUCCUGUGGUGGAGCUACAGAGCUGUACCUACUUACUAUUUACUUCUUGCCCUCCAGUGCUGUGAAGGCAAUGAAUCAAGGUUGUGGAAGUUGCCUUCUCCUCCUGCCUUUAUAAUUUAUGUGACUAGGCUCCAAAUCUGAAAAUGAAGGGGAAAUCUAGAUAUAUGUGGAAUCUUGUUUCUCUUUUUGUCUCACAGAUACAGUCUUGCUUAAAGGGGUCUUUUCUUCUCCAACAGAAAUCCUGGAGGAAUGGAGUCAGUGCUUAACAAGCUUGACACCAAUUACAGUGCAGCUCAGAUGUUCAUAAUUUUUUAGUAAACAGGACUAAGAACUGAGAGAUUAAUAAAGCACAACUAAAGCAGUAGUGGAUUACAACUCAGAAAUUUGUCUUAAUCUCUCCCAUAUUUUUAAAGUAAAAAUAUUCAGAGAAAUGACUCACAUGAGUAAAAUGGUACAUGGCUAAUUUUUAAUGUAUGAAGUUUAAGUAUGAACAAAAAUUAGAAAAAAGAACAUAAGGAUUCCAGGGGCUAGAUAUAAAAAUUAAAGAAUUAAAAUAAGGACAGAGCUUUCUAGAGUAGUCAGCACCAAUUAAAAGGAAAAAUAAUAGACUAAGUAAAAAUCGUGCAUAAGUACUGUAGUUGAGAACAAAAAUAUGAACAAGGUAUAAAAAUUGAAUAAAAAAACAUUUGAAGUUUUCUAGGUGAGGUGAGUAGAAUGAAAGUAAUUUGAUAGGUUCAAACAAUUUGACUAAACUAAUUCAAUUAGAGCUACAGAAUGCCUAAUG